CUCUCUCUCUCUCUCUCUCUCGGAUUAAGGCCUUGGUGUAUUUUCAGCCAAGAAGGCUUAUGGGAUCUCUGAUGAACAUGGUCAUAAUCCUCCCAGAGAACAAAACGAUAAAUUUUCAUGAUAACAGAGGAACAAAACUCAGUUCUUGAAUCUUAGCCAUGCAUUUGCAUGAUUUACUUCUGAUAAUCAACUUCAGUAAUAUUGGCAUCUGUCAGAUUUAACUGAUGGACUCUCUGUUUCUCUCUCUCUCUCUCUCAGUAGGAUUAUGACGGUGGGUUCAUGUAGAUUAGGUGGUCUGUUCACUGUGGCCUUUAAAUCUCUCUGAUUAGAGAGUAGACAAACACUGACAGAGCAAUGUCAGAGACAGUCUGGUGUCACUUUAACCCUGUAAUCACCGUGAACGGGGCGCGUGGAGACAGAUAACAGCACGGUGAACCUGCAGGACGUGAACUCAUGAUCGGUUCGGUUCUGAGGCCAGCGAGACUCCAUCACUGAAGGUCUGAGAAUAGCAGUGAUCAGGGCACGUUCUCUCUUCAGAAGCUGUCAUGGUGGACCUGUUCCUGGGGAAGGUUCUGGUGAAGAACAAUAAAGACCGAGACGAGCUGGACACGGAGCGUGAGAUCGUCCUGCGGCUCCAGAACCGCAUCCUCAUGCUGUUCUUCGGCUCCGGUGAGUGUGAGAAGUGCCAGGAGUUUGCACCGACGCUCAAAGACUUCUACAAGAAGCUCACGGACGAGUUCUACGUGGAGCGAUCGGCUCAGCUGGUGCUGCUGUACAUCUCUCUGGACUCGUCCGAGGAGCAGCAGGAGAAGUUCCUGAAGGAGCUGCCCAAACGCUGCCUGUUCCUGGCCUACGAGGACCCCUACAGAAAGGAGCUGAGCGAGAUGUUCGAGGUGCAGGAUCUGCCCAGGCUGGUUGUUUUGCGUCCGGACUGCUCUGUUCUCACACCUGACGCCGUGGAGGAAAUCUGUAAACUGGGAACGGACUGCUUCCGCAACUGGCAGGAAGGGGCGGAGCUUAUCGACAGGAACUUCAUGAUGAACGAGGAGUUCGACGAGGGCAAAAUGCGCAGCAUGACCGACCCCAUCCGACGAGUCAAAUACAAGGUGGAGGACAAGAAGAAGAAGAAGAAGAAGAAGAAGAGAAAGAAGGAUGGGGUGAGUGUGGAAGAGGAGGAUGAGGACGAGGAUGGAGAUGAAGAUGGAAAUGAUGGAGGAGGAGGUUGGGGCUGAGGUUAGGACAUCGGAUGCUCUGAUAACUAUUAGUGAAAGAAGCCACGAGUAAGAGUUGAUUACACAUCGCUGAUCAGAUCAAAUAGCAGCGCUGAGAGAAGAAAGAUGGAUGUUCUGCAGCAGUUCUCAACCCUUCAUCCAAGCCCCAUCAAUGUCCACAACAACAUUUGAAAACUAACAUGUUUCCUCUGGAAAGACAGAUGCUUUUAUUUUACCGAAACUGCGUUAG